AUGCUGCUCGUUCAGUACGUGCUGGUUUCGGUGAUAAUUUUAGCUCACUUAGCAAAGUGCCACGAUGGUGGGUCCAGUGCAAGCUCUAAUUCAACCGGGUUUGGUUAUGAAUUAACCCUGACUGGUUUGGAUGCGAUCAAUUUCAGCAUACAACAACAUAAUCUUCGUACACAAGAACAGUUUCAAGUACUCAGCUCAGAUGUUGAAGACCUACGGAGAUCCAUAGAUAGUAUUGGCGGUAUAAUGAUAACGCAAAUUCAGCAGAUCGACAGAUUCGGAGGAGAUGCUCUUCCGAAAAUUCGAAAUGAAUUGGAAUUGCUAUCACUGAACAUCAGCCAUAUAUUGAAUGAUACUAGCCAAAUUUAUCGUGUGCAACAAAUAUUGUCAACAACGCAAAUGCUGCAUGAUGCUAUCAUACAUAUGCUUGCCGAUGGACAUCGAAAAUGUGCGGAACCGUCUCGUUUGCCACAAACGUGUACUGAAGUGUUGCCGGAGCGUGGUUCUGGACUGUACCGUAUUCAGCCGCAAAUGGGCUUCAAGAAUGCAACCGAAGUUUUUUGCGAUCAGGAAUACGAAGGCGGUGGCUGGACGGUGAUUCAGAACCGCUAUGAUGGCUCGGUUUACUUCUACCGUGGCUGGGAUCAGUACGAAACUGGUUUCGGGGACGUUCGCGGAGAGUUCUGGCUGGGUUUAAAAAAGAUUCACGAAUUGACGUAUGCCAAGCCACACGAGCUGCACGUUGUUAUGGAAGACUUUGAUGGUAAGGUUGUCGUGGCGAAGUACAGCCGAUUUCUGGUGGGAGGACCAGAGGAAAAGUAUUCUUUGAAUAGUUUGGGGAACUACAGCGGUACUGCAGGCGAUUCGUUAACCCCUUCGCUAGGUAUGAAAUUUUCGGCCUUGGAUGCCGAUAAUGAUAGCCAUCCUCCGGAGAACUGUGCAGUAGUAUAUAAGGGAGGUUGGUGGUAUGCAGCAUGUCACGCAAGCAAUUUGAAUGGGCUCUAUCUUAAAGGACCACAAGAAGUGUAUGCCACUAUGAUGUGCUGGAAAUCAUUUCGAGGAUAUAAUUAUGGACUCAAGCGUUCGCGCAUGAUGAUUAGGGUCACAAAUAACGUUUAA